AAAGCGCUUGAUAAACAUGGAUUUUAGCGAGAGUAUAGCGAGAAGAAAAACGAGAACGAUUAAUAUGAUGUGCAGAUGAAAUCUUAAAGACGUAUUGUUUGUUUACCUGCUGUGCAAUUCUGCAGGGAUUGCCUCAGGUUUUUGUAAGGUAUUGUCAUAAAUAUGUCGUCAGAAAAAACCCAAGCGAUGGAUUCCGACGUGGAAUCAAAAGUUGCCGAAAACAGGCAUAGCCAGUGGGUGAAGCUGAACGUUGGUGGGACUGUGUUCUUGACAACUAGGACCACGCUUUGUAGAGAUCCCAAAUCCUUCUUAUAUAGACUUAUACAAGACGAACCAGACCUUAACUCAGAUAAGGAUGAGAAUGGUGCUUACCUGAUAGAUCGUGACCCAACUUACUUUGGUCCAGUUCUUAAUUACCUCCGGCAUGGAAAACUAGUGCUAAACAAGGACUUAGCAGAUGAAGGUGUGUUAGAGGAGGCGGAAUUCUACAAUAUCACGGAUCUGAUCAAGCUUGUUAAAGAAAAAAUCAAAGAAAGAGAUGCCAAACAGAAUCAGUCCAGCACCAAAAGUGUAUACAGAGUCUUACAGUGCUCAGAAGAGGAACUCACUCAAAUCGUGUCCGCCAUGUCAGAUGGCUGGAAGUUUGAACAGCUGGUGAACAUUGGCUCCCAGUACAACUACGGUAGUGAAGAUCAUGCAGAAUUCCUUUGUGUUGUCUCUAAAGAGUGCCCCAACAUUGUCAAUGGACAGGAAGCAGAACCAUCAGAAAAGGCUAAGGUGUUACAACAGAAAGGUUCUCGGAUGUGAGACCAGCCAAUGAACCUGAAUGUAAAUGUAGACAUCUCAUGACAUUGACCAAAACAUGUGACGUGGUCCUGUCCACAGGGCACCUGUCCACAGGCUCUCCAUCUCUUCAGAUAUCUCCCAUUUGGUGCAAUACAUUAUAAACUGGCAUUGAUUCAGGACGAUCUCCUCACUCUGGAGUCCAGGAGAUUUUUAUGUUUUAGUGUAUUGGAAUUUCCUGUUAGAUAGAACUUUACGUGAAUUGUGUUUGUAUGUAUCCGAGUUCAUGUAAUAUAGUUUACUAUGAACAGAUUGUGUACCUCCCAUUUAUAGAGUGAUUUUGUGCCGCUUAAAACAUCCUCCCUAUUACAAUCUGGUUUCAAUAAUAGCUGUCUGGAUGAAAAAUAAUUCUUGAUAUUUUCAGUUUGAUAUUAAACAGAUGUUUAGGUGUUUUUUUUUAUGUUGAAGCAUCUUUUAAUUUGACAUGCAUAUAUAAAACCGCUUUCACUGAUUAUUAACACACAGUUUUCUAACAAUUCGUAAUCUCUCUGCUUACGCUAUCUGGUGUGUAUGCCAUCUACAGGUAGGAAAUAUGGUGAAUCCUGAGUUUUCAGUGUAUAUUAUACAUAUUAAACUGUUGACUGCACAAUGUGAUAUUACAGAUGGAUUCUUUUCAUCACUUAGAAAAGUUAAAUGAUAUGCGCUGUAUGUGUGUAUUUUAUAAACUGUGUAGGUCAUGAAGCCACAUGACUUUUUCUUACAUAAAUUUGUAACAUUGAACUGGGUCUGGGAAACUUGAAUUAUUGGGAACAAUAUUUUUGGUGAAUCACGACAGUAAACUAUCAUUUUCAUCCCUCAUUUGUACUGACUUUUGUCUCCAGUUGAAUGAUAUCACAGCAGAAAGAAUUUUCUGGAUAGAAAUUGUGACUGACAAAAGGAACAGGGGCAUUCUGUAGAUUCCUAAAUAUAUUCGAGGAAUUUAUUAUUUAGUAAUUGAGUGAGAAACGCUGCUUGCGAAUCAAAAUUACUCGCAUUUAUUUUAAUUUUGCUAUGAUAAGAUUUAUUCAAAGUUGGGUUGACGUGUAAAAGCUCUUGAUUAACAGUCCACUUGCAAAUUCAUGUUCAUGGUAUUCGACAUCCAAGAGUGAUAUGUCUACUCCCAUAAAAUGAGGAAUCUGCAGUUGUAUGUUUUUAUGGUAUCGUGAACUUGCUACCCUUUUGAGAACCAUUUUAAAUGCCGUAUUUCCUAUAUUCCUAAUAUUUUCUAAAAGGCAAAAAUUUAAAACAUCAUUUUCUCUUUCUUAUAUGAUCCAAUACCCUGCUUUAUUAUGUGUCAUGAUGCGUUUUAUUACACCAGUGUUGUUAGGUGAAAACUUUCAAAGAAACUGAGUUGAAGAAUGGCAGAAGUAAUGAUCAAUGUAAUUUUAAAAAUUAUCAGAGGAAAUUUGGUCUUUCCUAUAUCUGAAUGAGUUGGCCAAUGUUUAUUAGUUCUGCUUUGCAAACAGACAGAAUUUAUAUAAUCAUAUAUUGUGGAUAUGCUGCAAAAUUUGAAAUGAAUCCCAAGUAUGUAAAUUAUAUAACUGCUCGGAUUGAAUUUAAAGAUUCUUUGUUAUAAAAGUGUAACCUUGAAAUGACCUUCACAAAAAAUAAGAACUGCCACACCCACUUUCCUUUGCCUCAAAAGAAUUGAUAGGAGAAGAAUCCUUAAGGAAGAACAACACACAUCAUCACAAUGGAAGUACUGGGCUAAUCAUUGUGGCAAAAAUAAAAUUAGAAAUGUAUUAUUUGUCCUUUUCGAUUUCAUCUCAGCUUGCUCCAUGAAUUAAAAUGUUUAAGCAGGUGAUCGGUAGAGUACACAGUGCGAGUCCCCCCCCCCCCCCCCCCCCCCCCCGUCCCCCCCCCCCCCCCCCCUUCCCCCUCACUUUUUCUUCUCUCGAUUAUAAAAUUGCGAAUUUUUGCUACAUUAGGCAAAGUUUUCAAUAUCUAACACCACCUCAGCUUUAUUACUCAGACUGGUAUCUUGAGUUUCUCGCCUGAGUUUGAUUGGUAUACAUCCUUAAGGGGAAGUAAGAUAUGUUACAUAAGGAAGUAAACGGAGGAAUGGUCCAAUCCUUGUUCUUUUAUAACUUUUUUUGUUUAGUGCUUUGUAAGCAUCAGACUAUUUUAAGAGAUUGUAUUUUUGGUGUGAACUAUUUCAUAUACCUUUUAUGAAUUGUGUUUCCCUUAUUAUAGCUAUAUUUUUCUUGGAACUAGCAUAUAAGCAUUUUAUUUAUUUUUUUUGUUGUUAUUUCAAAUUUUGCAUGUCAAAAUUUUUUUUUUAAUAAUAAAACUGCAUGAUUUAUAGCACUCAAAAACAGGUACAGUUACUGAAAAGUAUACAAAGUGAUAGAAAGUUUUGCUUCCUGGAUCAAAGUUCAUGUGUUUUGUGUAACUGUUCAUUUGUUAACAUAAUGUACUUAAAAAACACAGGUGCAUCAAUGUAGUUGCAGCACUGUAAAAUAAAAAGUGUCACUAGGAACAUUACCACAGGAUUGCUCUCCCUGACUGCUUUAGAGCCCAUGUAUUCCAGAGAGAAGUUAGCAUUAUUUAAUCCGAAGGUCCUGUAGUAUAGAUAUUCAAUUACCUGCUAAGAUUUAAGUAAAACACACUUGGAAUUUACAGAAAUGUUUUGAAUUUAAGGGCAUCAGAAAUGUGUAACUUGGAUAUGUUUCUUUUUGAUCUUUAGUCAUACUGUCCUCUCUGUUUAAUGCAUUUGAAAUGUUUACAUUUUUGACUGUCAAAAUAUAGAUAAAACAGAUAUUGGGAGAGAGAAAAAAUAUUUCGGUCCUCUGUUUAAUGUACAUGUAUUUGAUGAAGAUAUUAGCAAAGGUAGACAACUUGUGUGUGACUUUAAGAUUUUGUACAAAUUUUUGUUCACUGGCGACAAGAAUGUCGAGGAAUUUCCUCCUGUAUGUGUUAGGACAUGAACCACACACCCACCCCCUCUUUACACCAAAUCAUUGUGUUGUUGUAAGUCAUGACUGGAGUCUCUCUGCUGUUGUGUGUGCCUUUUAUAGACAACAUCCAUUCAUGGUCAUGUUUUCAGUAAACCUAUUGUCCAUUAUAAAAUCAUUAAUUUUUGGAAGGGGGUGUGUGUGGAAUUCUCGUUUGUUGACAAUGUCAGGUCCACCUGAACAUGCGUAUUGUUAUUUUUUUAAAUCAAUAAAGUUAGACUCCACAAAAAUAAUCGAUUUUAUGAUGUCUAUCAUUUUAAGUAUAGGAACCCACGUUUAGCUGGUCAGCAUAUUUCUCAAACCUAUGAAUGGGUGCAUCAACACUAAAGCUCGACAUUCAUUUUUCACAUUGUAGUCAAAAAGUUUCAGUAUGAAUAAAUUAUUUAUAUAUAUUUAUAAGUAUUAUAGAAGGUUGUAUACUAAUAUUCAUUUCAACAACUUAACAACGUGCUAGUGCAUUGUAAAAUUGGGAACUAUGCAAAUCCCAGAGGCUGCGUUAAAUUAAUUGUACAACAUAAGCUUUUGCUGUUUUGUCAGAAUGAUACUGAAUAUUGUUAUCUCCCUUUGUAUAUUGUGUCCAUGUUACCUCCCUUUGUGACUAGUCCAUCAUGUAAGAAGUGUGCAGCACACAGCUUCUGUCAGCACUGAAACUGUACUGGCUUCCUGUAGGAAUAGUGUGCUCAUCCUAACAUUUCCACAGUUUCAGAUUCAUUAUAAAUGAAAUUACAAAAAUAAAUUGCUGAAAUUUCUGAAAAUUGGAGAAGUUAGCAAUGUAGGGAAUUAAAAUGUCGGUAUUCUGAAAUGUGAUCCUGAUGAUCGACUGGCAGCACAUUUUUACCGGACGUUUGUAUAAAUGUCUAAAUGUCUUCUGUAUGCAUAGUGAUUAUCUCUUGAUUGUAUUGUGUAUCACGGUAGUACGUUUUAUGAUAUCCAUACUUGACCAUUUGUAAAGACAUUUGAUUAAAUUAUAAAUGUACA